AUGGCGUUGCAGCAGCGCGUUGCCCUGCGCAAUGCCGGUCACAUCGACCCGUCCGACCUCUACCAGUACGUUGCCAACGGCGGCUAUUCGGCCCUGAAUAAGGCGCUCACUGAGAUGACGGCGGAAGACACCCUCGGAGAGGUCCGCACAUCGGGCCUCCGCGGUCGCGGCGGCGCAGCUUUCCCGGCCGGUGUCAAGUGGGGUUUCCUGGCUGGCAACCCCGACCCCAACAAGUACAUCCUGUGCAACUGCGAGGAGGGCGACCCCGGGGCUUUCAAUGAUCGGGGCAUCAUGGAGAGCGAUCCGGCGACGGUGGUCGAAGGCAUCACGAUUGCGGGAUACGCUUGCAACGCCAACCGCGGCUACAUCUUCAUCCGUCACGGUCACAACCAACCCAUCGACCGCACCCGCGCCGUUAUCGAGCAGGCCUACGAUCUCGGCCUCUUGGGCCAGAACAUAUUGGGCACCGAUUUCUCCUUCGAUCUGGAGGUUGCCCUGACCGGCGACUCCUACGUGUCCGGUGAAGAGACCGCAUUGAUGGAGGCCAUCGAGGGCAAGCGAUCCAUGCCCCGGUACCGGCCUCCGUUCCCCGCCCAGGUGGGCGUGUUUGGCAGGCCUUCCAACAUCAACAACGUCAAGACCCUUGCCUACGUGCCUGAAAUCGUCGCCCGCGGCGGCGCAUGGUUCGCCGGCAUCGGCAUCAACGGGAGCAGUGGCACCGCCAUCCUCUGCCUGUCCGGCGAUAUCACCUACACCGGCUUGAUCGAAGUCCCGCUGGGAAUGACCUUGCGCCAAAUACUCUUCGACAUGGCCGGCGGCGUUCCCAACGGGAAGGCCAUGAAAGUGCUCCAAACGGGCGGCCCGUUGGGCGGCGUUCUAUCCGCCAGCGACGCCAAUUUGGAUCUGGUGCUCGACUUCGACGUCUUCCGCGCGGCGGGCGCUAUUUUGGGUUCGGGCGGGAUCAUCGUUGCCGACGAAGACACUUGCGUGGUUGACCUGACGCGCAACCUCAUCGCUUUCUGUCAGUACGAAUCCUGCGGGAAAUGCUUCCCCUGCCGUAUGGGCAUGAGCCACCUUCUCGAAGUUCUGGAACGCAUCAGCAACCUCGAAGGCACCGAGGAAGACUUGUCCCUGAUGCGGAACAUCGGCGAGAACAUGCAGGCCGGGUCACUGUGCGGACACGGGCAACUCGGGUUCAAUCCGGUCUCUUCGGCUCUCCGGUAUUUCGGGCACGAAUUCGACGCCCACAUUCGUGAAAAGCGCCACACCGGCGACUGUCCCGAUCAGGUGUUCUCGCCCCGCCUAACUCGCCGCUGA